AUGUUCGACAAUUCACCUCUUUUACAUGAUCCUGAACCUUCUUCCAACAUUCCAAGGUUGCAGGAUCAAAACAAACCUCUGACAAUCAUCUACUCACCUCUUUGCGAAAAUCCUGAAACAUUAUUAAGAUCAUUAUUAUCGCAGACACCACCACCUUAUCAAUUAACCGUUCCAUUGGAUGAUCUGUUAGGUUCACGUAAACGACCAAACGGGACAAUUCCAAGUCCCAAAAACGCGUUCAUGAUAUAUCGAAUAGAUCUUAGCGCGAGACUUAGACAAAUUGUCCCUGAGAUGACGGUCGGUGAAGUUUCCGGGCUUGCUAGUCAAGCUUGGAAACAUCAAUCUCAAAGUGUGUUACAAUUCUUUGAGGUGAUGUCCAUGGUCGCUAAACAGCGACAUAGGAUUUUAACGACUUCUCCUACACCACCAACAACCAUAUCAAAUUCUCAAACAAAACCACAAACAUCAUUAACAUCAACACCACCAACUUUACCAACUCCAUUAACAACACCAUUAACACCAUUUAUACCAUUUACACCACCAACACCAUUUAUACCAUCACCAACUCCCAUUUUAAAUUCGUCAGAAGAUAAUUUAGAUUGGAUAAGAUAUAAUUCACCCGAAGGAUUUUAG